AUGUCUUCCUCCUCUCCUCCUCGCCUUGAGCAGCCGCAGACAGGCAGCUGUCCACCACCUCACACGCCCGUCCCCAACACCAGCAGCUCCGAAGACCCCAUGUUCACCCCGGAGCUUCAGGAUAGGCCCAUAUUCUACACCAUUCGUGACUCCCAACAGAUGGUGUGGGUCCUGAGUGGAGAUGUUUUAAUAGCAGCUCCUUCAAGCAACAAUGUGCAGCCUGUCACUGUCACCUUGAUAGCCUGCAGGGACACAGAAUUACACGAUGAAGAGAAAGGCAACCUGGUUUUCCUGGGAAUCAAGGGCAAAGACCUCAGCUUCUGCUGUGCGGAAGUUGAGGGUCAGCCCACGCUGCAGCUGAAGGAGGUCAGUAUCAUGGAACUGUACAGGGAGAACAAAGCUCGGACGCCAUUUCUCUUCUUCCACAGCCUGGAGGGCUCCACCUCUGCCUUUCAGUCGGCCUCCCACCCCGGCUGGUUCAUAGCCACGUCCUCCACAGCCAAGCAGCCCGUGACGCUCACCCAGGAGAGGGGCCUCGCUAACACAAACUUUUAUUUAGGUCGUGAGAAUUAA